AUGACAGCCCCGCACAUGGAAGGCUACCUACCUCAUGACUCGUCUACAUCGCCCCGAGCUCACCAACUCGUUUCUAAGCCCUUCGUCACAUUAACCUUCGCUACUUCUCUCGACAGUCAAUUAGCCAUCGCACCCGGUGUGCAGACAGCAUUAUCUGGUCCGCAAUCCAAGGCCAUGACUCACUUCCUGAGAUCAAGGCACGAUGCUAUUCUGAUCGGGGCCGGAACAGCUAUUGCCGACAACCCAUCACUAAACUGCCGAAUCGAAGGCGUAGGCGGCUAUGGUGGGGAAGGGCUCGUCGGACAACCAAGACCAGUUGUCGUUGAUCCUCGCGGGCGCUGGCAAUUUAGCGAAGAGAGCAAGGUGAUGAGACUAGCCAAGGAGGGCAAGGGGAAGGCACCUUAUGUUGUGACCUGCGUGGAGCCGUCCAGUAAUCAACGAAAGAUACUCGAAAGCGUAGGUGGCAAAUUCCUGGUUCUUGGACUUUCUCCCGAAGACAUUGCUGCAGCUGGUUCGACAUGGCAUAUCAUUUUGGAUGCUUUGGCCCAUCGAGGUAUAAAGAGCGUUAUGAUUGAGGGCGGUGGGUUUGUCAUCAAUGAUAUACUGGGACCUGGUCCCGCGUAUUCGCUGGUCGACUCGGUAAUCGUUACGAUUGCUCCUACCUGGCUAGGAAGAGGCGGUGUACAGGUGUGUCCGGAUGGCGGCUCGGAACGAUUGCCCAUCACAAGAUUGAAAGAAACGAGAUGGAUUCCGCUCGGAGAAGAUAUCGUGCUCUGUGGGCGACCAAACAAGGCGCUUCGGUAA